GAAUAUAUAUAAGUCAUUCAAGAAAUUUUAUUCAACUACCAAGAUCUGUAAAAUUCUGGCUUCACUCGAACAUGGCUUUGAGAACGCCCUGGCCAAUAUGCACAGCAUGUCAGGCGAUUCCUUACACAUCAUUCCAAAAUGGAACACUCAACGACCCUCACCAAUUUUGGCCGAGUUUCUCUGAACUCGCGAAUUCUGCUUCGAGAGGUUGUCACACAUGUACUUUGCUAUACGAAGCCGUCCGGGAGCCUUUCAAACAUCGACUUGAAAGUCAAGCAGUAUUCCUGGAGCGUGGAGCCAUUGGCGGCGAUGGUGCCGAAACUGUAGUCUUGACAGUGGACCUUGCAUCUCUACCCGAUCAAAGUACCUGGGCAAAUGAUUUCUUACAGGUGCAUGCUGAAGACAAAUUGUCCGACUUUAAAUAUUUACCAAUAGCUGAUGUCAAAUAUGUCUCGGAUGCUGCGGAGGUGCCUGAAGAUGCACGAAAUUUUAAGGAUCUGAUCAGCUCAUAUGAAGAAAGCGAAGGGGCGAUUAGAUAUACCAAGCAAUCAUUGAGUCAUUGUUUGGAAAAUCACAAGUCAACAUGCGAUCGGGUGAUGUUUCCCAUCUCAUCUGCUGCAUCACAGCGACACGAUGUAGUCAACAUUGUAUCCGGGCGUAACGGAAUGGUAAUGGCACCAACUCGCCUCAUUUAUGUGGGUUCUCAAAAUUCUGGCGAUUUGCCAAAACUUGUGGAUGGGCAGGAGUGUCUUUACAAAGGUGGAUAUUUGGUUCUCAGCUAUUGCUGGGGAAUGACACCUAAAAAUGCACCAUGGCAAUUGACCACUACAACUAUGCCGCUCUUUUCGACCGAGAUCCCGCUCAAAAUUCUCCCACAGACGCUUUAUGAUGCAGUUAUGUUGACUCGCAAACUGGGAGAGCAUUAUAUCUGGAUCGAUAGUAUGUGUAUCCUUCAAGAUUCAGGAGAGGAUUGGCAGUUUGAGGCUUCUAAUAUGGCUUCCAUCUAUGGAAGUGCUGUUAUGACCAUCGUAGCUGCAUCUAGCUCAGUAUACGGCGGUAUUACAAAUCGCCGAAAUCCAUUGCGAAACAGUGCUGCCAGUCUUGAUUUGCAAGAUGGUUCCUCAAAAUCUACAAUUUAUAUAUUGCCAAAUGGACAAAUUCGAAAUACACCACUACCUCCACCAACUGACAGUCGAGGCUGGUGCUACCAGGAAGACUUACUUUCCAGCAGACUAGUAAAGCUGACGACAAAAUCCGUAAUAUGGCAAUGUCUAGGCAAUAAAAGUAACCCCAACACCCGAUCACAAGGUCUCGAACAGCUCAUCAAGCAUCCUCCUUACAGAUGGUAUACACUUUGGUACCGAUUGAUCGAACAAUACUCCAACAAAAGUCUAACAUACCCAAAAGACAGACUCCUCGCAUUCUACGGUAUUGCAUGCGAUAAAGCAGGCGACGCAUACCUUGCCGGGCUUCUCAAAACUGAUCCUUGGGCAAGUUUACUUUGGUGUCGCGAUGAAAACCAAAUCCAGCGACGGCCAGGCCAUAGAUACAAAGAAUAUGUUGCGCCUUCGUGGUCUUGGGCAAGUCUUGAUGCGCCUGUACUUUUCUAUGAGGCAAAUGCACGACAUUGGAGAAAACCACAACUCGGUACCACGCUCCGAGAUCCAGAACUCAUUCAUGCUGAGGCGCAGCCUGUUUCGUAUUUCAAGACCGGCGCUGUAAAAAGCGGGAGUGUUGAGAUAUCAGCUUAUAUCAUCAUGGCUCGCACGGCACCUGUGGAACCGUUUUUAUUCAAUACCAGACAGGGCUCUCACACAUAUGGGAGACGAAAUUGUGUGGAUCCCCUUACUGGUGAUGCACUUGGAUUGAUUGUUUUCGAUGUUGCGCUAGAAGCACAGGAUGAUAUGUUAUUAUGCUGUGCGCUUUUGCAGACGGGGAAUAUGGAUUUGUGGGAGAAAAAUGGGACUGCUGGGCUUGGGUUGGCGCUGAAAGUGGAAGGGGCGACGGCAAAACACUGGAAGUGUGCUCGAGUGGGAUAUGCCCAGUUCACAUCUGUGUUUGGAAGAUAUGCGCAAAAGUACCGUGUGAAAAUUUCAUAGACUUUGGAUUCGAUGUGCAAGGGGAUGAUGUUUUUUUUACAGAUUAUAAUUCUGAAGGGCUGAGACACUAUGAUUCAUAAUAAGAUGUGACCUGAACAGGGUACCCUUUGUACCCACCUACAAAGGUCAAAACUGUUCCAGUCAAGAUCCGUCACUGUAGUACUCACUCAUAUCAUGCCCAUUAACAACCAGUAUAAUCUAGGCGAGGAGGCCGAAUGAGGAUGUGAUCAAUAUCAGGAAUGGCCUAGAUCACAGUGAAUCGGUGGUGUAAAUCCGGCUGGAGAAUUAGGAUUGAGUGAGCAGUCCUUAAUUAAGACUUUACAGCAGUGCAAUAACUUACAGUUUACAAAAAAACGUCA